AUGGUGGCAGGAAAAGCCUUGGCCUGUACCUGCGAAGGUGUUCGGGCCAUUCCAGCUGUGCCUGUGGUGCCCAGUGUCGAAGGCGGUCCUGGUCUCGGCGAAGUAGCUGUAGUCGGAGUGCUGGCUGGGAGUCCAGGAGGUGCCGUUGCCGCAUAUGCUUGUGCCGGCGUAGUAGGAAAGGGGGUAGGUAGCACCCCGAUCGUGGGUGCCACAGCACUGCCCAGCACAGUCGGUGUCAGUGGCACCGGCGAAGGUGGAGGUGGUCCAGCUGGCUUGCACGGCGCCAGUCCCACACUUCCCCUUGGUGGCCUAUUGACGGGUGUCGGGGGCGGAGGUCCCGCCGGAGCACUCGAAGUUGAGGCAGGAGGUGCGGUGGCCUCCUCUCCUGAGCUCGGGGGACUCGGCGGGCUGUCGGAUGAUGAAGUCUCCGGUGCUGCUUUGGCUUUGGCUUUUGGCCUUCCUGAUCGCGACCUCGAUGGAUUGCCACGCCGUGCUUCCUUGGGUGACAUCCCGUACUGUCUAGGCUAUACGGGAGUAAGGCUUGAGCACAGAGGGCAGCGCUUGAAAGUGGCUGCGCUUGAGUGCACCCCUCAGCUUGCCAGAACAGUGAAAGAGACAUCUGGGACUGAGAGCCGGGCCAAUCGCACAGACCGGGACACUGCAGCACAGGAUUUGAGCCCUGCUGCCGAGGUGGGGCAGAGAAGGCUAGGCUAG